CCCAGGCCCACUUCCGGUCCCGGGCCCACCCGCCGCCAUUUUUCCACCACCCGGCCAGGAGUCUGCCCUCCGCCGGCCACCGCCCUCACCCACCCUGGGUUUACCCCGAGGGCCCCGCGGCCGCCAACGCCGCCACUGCCCGCUCCGCAGCCUGCGCUCCCCAGGCGUCUUCGCGUUUUUCCUGCUCGCCGCGCCUGCGCUACCCAUCAUGGCCGCCAUCUCUCAGGUGCGCCACAACUACCACCCCGACUGUGAGGCCGCCGUCAACAGCCACAUCAGCCUGGAGCUCCGCGCCUCCUACGCGCACCUCUCCGUGGCCUUCUACUUCGACCGCGACGACGUGGCCCUGAAGCACUUCUCCCGCUACUUCCUGCGCCGGUCGCACCAGGAGAGGGAGCACGCGGAGGAGCUGAUGGGCCUGCAGAACCGGCGCGGUGGCCGCAUCUGCCUUGGCGACAUCAGGAAGCCCCACGAGGAUGACUGGGAGGGCGGCCUGCAGGCCAUGACGUGCGCCUUCCACCUGGAGAAGAUCAUCAGCCAGAGCCUCCUGGAGCUGCACGAGCUGGCCACCGACAGGGGCGACGUGCAGCUCUGCCGCUUCCUGGAGAGCCACUGCCUGCCGGAGCCCGUCAAGACCAUGGAGGAGCUGGGUGGCUACCUCACCAACCUGCGCAACAUGGGGGCCCCGGACGCCGGCCUGGCGGAGUACCUCUUUGACAAGCUCACCCUGGGCGGUGGCGGCAGCGGCGAUGGCAAGGAGAACUGAGCUGGGACUGUCCCCACAGCCACGGGUCCCUUCCCCGGCUCAGGCCACAAAGUAGUCGGGCGAGCAUAUUUCCCCUUCAGAAGUUGACUUAAGUUUUUUCCUUUCAGUUUUACCGUUGUGUCCAAUAAAGUUAUCUGGUUCUUCGAGCAAUAAAGUUGUCUAG